AUGAGCGGCGCGUUCUUCCGAGGAGCUCACCCGAUGUGGAUUCUGGGAGACCGUGGCCACGCGUCCUUCGUCCCCAUGUGCGUCCCUAGCUCCGCUCCGCCUAAGGCGAAUGGCACGUCCAAGAAUGCCGCGCCUCGAGUGAGUGUGCCAGUGCUGAGUUUCACGCCGUUCCACCAUUGGAGCUGUCCGAAUGGCUUCAUCUACUUCCACUCCCGCGGUGCGUUGCGAGUGUGCGAGCUUCCGUCCAGUAAAACGUCGACGAUCCUGCCUUCCAGCGGCGGGUUUGUGCUCCAAAAGGCGGAGUUUGGAGCUACGCUACACCACAUGCUGUACUUGGGCAGCCACGGUCCCGGAGGUGUGGCAGAAGCGCUUGAAGCGCCGACGUAUGCUGUCGUUUGCAGCGCCAGACUGAAGCCAGCCGACGCAGAUCGAGCCACGGAAGUGGAAGGCGCAGAGGAGGAGCUGGAACCGGAGAACUUGGACCCGAACGGGAACCCUCUCGGCAGUAACGUGAUGGCGCCGACCGCUGAGAUGUUCGCGGACUACGAGACCGACCACAUGGCGCACACUGAAGAAGACGUGUACGAGUUGCGCUUGGUACAGACGGACGAGUUCGGCGAGUGGGGACGUCGUGGAGUGUUUCGUGUUCACUUUGAGCGCUACGAGGUGGUGCUCAGUGUGAAGCUCAUGUAUCUGUACGACUCGUCUCUGAUGAAGGAGGAAGUGGCGUCGACGUCUCCGGAGUGGAACAAGAAGAAGCGUCCGUACUUGGUGGUUGGCACGGGCUGGGUGGGUCCCCAUGGCGAGGAUGAAAGCGGUCGCGGUCGCCUGCUGCUGUACGAACUUGACUACGCGCAGUACGUAAACGAGGAAGGCGGCGCGACAAGUGGGAAGCUGCCCAAGCUGCGACUGGUAUUCAUCAAGGAGCACAGACAGGGAGCCGUCUCCAUGGUCUCGCAGCUCGGCCCUUCAAGUCGGAGCAGUUGA